AUGUACAAAGGGAGUGUGACUGCAGCUACCAAGACAGCGGAGAAGGCUCCUGCAGCUGUGGAAUGCAGUUCCUCACAGCUCAUUAAACAGCCUUGGAUGAAGAAGAGCAUUCAGAAGCGACAACUCAAAUCUCACUUCCACCGACGCCGGCCAGUCAACAAUACCAGCCAACCAAAAAAAGGCCGUGGAAGAAGCCAGGAUUCAAAUUCUUACAAAAGAAUGAUAGCUUACAGUCCAGAGAACAGGCUCAAGACUUACUACAGCAAUCGGACAGGGCGUCAAGCCAAGUUCCCAAGAGAAUCUAGAGUCAACCGCAUUCUUCCCAAGACAGCCAGCAAGGAGGAACAGUCAAACAGUCCAGGGUUGAAACUGGAGGACAGAAAUGCAUGUAGCCCUGUGUGCAGAACAGAGAAUCCACAGCCACCCCUUACAGAAAGAUCCAGAGUUAGCAGCACAAGAGAGAAACAAAAGUCAAAGCUCACUGCAGUAGAGAAAAGGCGCUACCAGACAGUCUCUGAGUACCAGUUUAUAUAUCCAGGAAAGACCAUGUUCCACUUCACCAAGGAAAGUGCAAAGCAACAGCUCCGCUCCAUCUAUCUUGGGCCCAGAAGGCAGAAAUUGCUCAAGCCAACUCACCCAUCCACCAAGAUGCCUCGUAAACGAUGGGAGAAAAAUGAGACCCAAAGGGAAAACACCAAAACUGAUGCCAGCUGCCCCAUCGGUAGCGAGUUCUUGAGAAGCAAGCACCCAAAAGCCAUCCCCUGCAGACUCACAAGCCUGAUGUUCAAAAUCAAUAAACUGGAGCUUAUCGAUGAAAUGGAGACGGUAUCCCCUUGCGCCCUAGCAGGGCUUCCACACAGUCCCCAGCUGCAGCGUCAAGCACCUCCCGUGAAAUCAAGCUUCCCAGCAGCUGCCUUGUCGAGGCGGGGCAGUCCUAAGGAAAGGAAGACAAGCCCAGAAGGGUGGCCCGUGGAACUAGAAUCCAGCCCAGACUUGUCUCCGCAAGGAGCUACUGGGAAUGCACUCAAAGCGUCCCCCGCUAGCUCCACAAAGGCAAGACCCUUGUCGGCCAAGGACUGUAGUGGGAAAGCUCCAAGUAAGAAAUCUGAGGGAGAAGGCAAUCAAAAUGGACACUCUUCCAAGAAAGAGGAUGUUGCUGAAAGUACACUGGGGGUCAGCACAAGCAGCAAAGGUGAUGUAACUCAGACCACCAACACCAUGUCAGCUUUCCAUCAGCUUUCAUCCAAGGAAAACGUAGAGGUGGAGGUGCCCCCAAAUGCUUGCUCCAACAUCAUCCAAUGCCCGGCUGAGGAGAGACAGCGGGAGCAGUUCCCUGUGGCCUACAGGCCAUCUUCAGCAAGAGAGGAAAAGAUCUCUGGAGCUCUUGUGCACUGCUCCUCUGGACAGAAGAGACAGGCCUACUCUAUUGUAACUGUGGGAAGCAAAUAG